UCGGGUGCGCGCAGGAAGCCAGCUCCGGAGUGGCGUGUUGGUUUGCACGAGGUGAGGGAGAGAUGGAUGACCCGUCCUCCUCCCAGGAGUCGGGUUUGCCCGCCACCUUGACUCCCGCAGAGCGGCCUUCACCAGCGCAGCUUGACAAAGAGCAGGUUAGAAAGGCAGUGGAAGCUUUGUUGACACAUUCUAAGUCCAGGAAGAACAAAAACGGAUUACUUUUGAAUGAGAAUGAAAAUUUAUUUUUAAUGGUGGUACUAUGGAAAAUUCCAGGAAAAGAACUGAGGGUCAGAUUGUCCUUGCCUCAUGGUAUUCGGUCAGAUCUGUCAGAAAUCUGUUUAUUUACCAAGGAUGAACUCCAGUCAACUGAACAGACUGAACGCUUCUAUAGAAAGCUUUUGAACAAGCAUGGAAUUAAAACCAUUUCUCGGUUUUUUUAUACUGCUGUAUUGAAUUUCAGCGCUGUACGCAUUGGUCACACUGGAAUGCAGGCUCAAGACAUCACUGAAAACAUUGUUGCUGUGGCAGAAAGUCUGUCCAAAAAGUUACCAGAGAAGUGGGAAAGUGUGAAACUCCUGUUUGUGAAAACUGGGAAGUCAGUUUCCCUUCCCAUCUUUUCCUCAUUUGUCUCUUACCGGAAUGAUGCCAACAAAAUGGUCAUCCGCAAACUGAAGGAAAAUAAGAAAAAGACCGGCAAAGUGAAAGCCCAAGUUAAAGUGACAAAUGAAUCUGAUGAGGAAAUUCCACAACUGGUUCCAAUAGGCGUGACUCCAGUGAAAGAAAAUGUUGAGGAGCUCUGA